AUGUCGAGCGACCGCAACCCAUACAAAACAGAGCAGCGGAUGGGUUCCGUCAAGGCUGUUUCCGGACCUGUCGUUAUUGCGGAGAACAUGGGCGGCAGCGCGAUGUACGAACUUGUGCAGGUGGGCUCAUUUCGGUUGGUGGGUGAAAUCAUUCGACUAGAGGGUGAUACGGCCACUAUUCAAGUGUACGAGGAAACUGGCGGGCUAACCGUUGGAGAUCCAGUCUACUGUACAGGUAAGCCUCUCUCCCUUGAACUUGGGCCGGGUAUCAUGUCAGAAAUAUUUGAUGGGAUUCAGCGCCCCCUCGAUACCAUCUACCGCAUGGUGGAGAACGUCUUCAUUCCUAGGGGCGUCCAGGUGAAGUCCCUCAACGACCAGAAACAAUGGGAUUUUAAACCAUGCUUGAAGGUUGGGGACCUCAUUUCCGGUGGCGAUAUUAUUGGUUCGGUCGUGGAGAACUCACUGAUGUACAACCACAGUAUAAUGGUCCCGCCAAACAUCCGAGGGAGGGUCACUUCCAUUGUGGCUUCUGGAAACUACACACUGGAGGACGAUAUUGUGGAGUUGGAGUACAAUGGGAAGGUCAAGUCGCUCAAGCUCAUGCACCGGUGGCCGGUGCGGACCCCCAGGCCUGUGGCUUCAAAGGAGUCUGGAAACCACCCACUUCUUACUGGUCAGCGCGUGCUUGAUGCCCUGUUUCCAUCCGUGCAGGGCGGAACCUGUGCCAUCCCCGGUGCGUUUGGCUGUGGCAAGACAGUUAUCAGUCAGGCACUCUCGAAGUACUCGAACAGUGACGCUGUUAUUUACGUGGGUUGUGGUGAGCGUGGCAAUGAGAUGGCGGAGGUGCUCAUGGACUUUCCCACUCUCACCACCAUUAUUGAUGGACGUGAGGAGUCUAUCAUGAAGCGCACAUGCCUGGUGGCAAAUACUUCCAAUAUGCCUGUUGCUGCUCGUGAGGCAUCUAUUUACACUGGUAUCACCUUAGCUGAGUAUUAUCGGGAUAUGGGAAAACACAUCGCCAUGAUGGCCGAUUCAACCUCCCGCUGGGCUGAGGCUUUGCGUGAGAUUUCCGGUCGUCUUGCUGAAAUGCCUGCAGAUGGAGGUUAUCCCGCGUACCUCAGCGCCCGUUUGGCCUCCUUCUACGAGCGUGCUGGCCGUGUGACAUGCAUCGGUGGGCCCAAGCGUGAAGGGUCUGUAACAAUUGUUGGUGCCGUUUCCCCACCGGGUGGUGAUUUCUCCGAUCCCGUAACGUCCGCCACCCUUGGUAUCGUGCAAGUUUUCUGGGGACUCGAGAAGCGACUCGCUCAACGCAAACACUUCCCGUCCGUGAACUGGCUCAUUUCUUACUCCAAGUACCUCAAGGCUUUGGAGCCCUUCUUCAAUUCUCUCGACCCCGACUACAUGCGGCUGCGCUCAGUUGCCGCUGAGAUUUUGCAGCGCGAAGAGGAGCUGCAGGAAAUUGUUCAGCUCGUCGGCAAAGACUCCCUUUCUGAGUCUGACAAGAUAAUUCUAGAGACUGCGAAAGUUAUCCGUGAGGAAUUUCUUCAGCAGAAUGCCUUCACUCCGUAUGACAAGUACUGCCCACCGUAUAAGACAUGCUGGAUGUUGCGCAACAUUGUCACCUUCUACGAGGAGGGUCAGCGAGUUGUAGCGGAGUCUGCGGGCGAGCACAAGAUCACGUGGAAUUACAUUCGCGAAAAGAUCCCUCAUGUCUACACUGGUCUCACGGAAAUGAAGUUCCGAGACCCUCAGGAAGGAGAAGAAGCCAACGUUAAGUACUACAAGAAGCAACACGAGGAGAUCAUGACCGCAUUCGCUUCCCUCGUGCAGUAG